CCCACCGAAUAUCUAAAACUUUCGAAGCAUAUCCAAUUCAAUUGACUGAGUCCUGUGUGCCACUACUGCAUCCAAGGUGCUCCAAAAGCUCCUAGUUUUCACACACCCUUUAUACUUUCUUCCUAUAUAUACCACACUCUCUUCACCACCAACGUUCAUGCAAAAGCACAGAGCAAAAAAUCUACAAAGCAAAGGUUUUUACUUCACUGGUUUGCAGUUGCUGAAGAAAAUGUCUGCUGUGGUAGAGGUGUGGGUUGGGGAGCUGGCAAAGCUGAGAGAAAAAGUACUUUCACGGAAGCCUUUCUCAUCCAAAGCCAAAGAAGGAUCAGAGAGGGAACAGGAGGAAAAGGAAGCUCAAAAGAAGAAGAACACUGCAGUUACGAGAGACAGUAGUGGAACCAUGUCAGAGGCAACCAUGUGUUUGCUUAUGGAUCGAUUUGUGCCUUGGUGAUAUGUUUUUUUCAUUGAGGAUGUUCUUGCUGAUUUCAAGGAAUGAGCAAUAGAAGAAUCAAAUGUUUUGUAUAUUCCAUUUCUGUUUUAUCUAUCUGUCAGUUCUUAGCUUGCGAGUUAUGUAAUGGAAAUGUUAUGAACUGUUGUACAUAAGUUCUGAUCUAAUCAAACAUCAUAUUUGGUAUAUCAA